AUGAUUCUUGCUUCUAUUACGCAGAACAGGAGAAACAUAUCAAUCAACAAUCCUAUUGAGAUUCGACACUACUGCUCAAGAGACAAGAGAUCGAGAAACAUCUUACCUUGCGUGAGACGAUGUUGGAGGGAAGAAACCGAGAACGGCAGCGCAAGACUCGACCGGCGGCGGCGAGUCUUCGAACGGCGGCGGCGAGUCUUCGACAGCGACGGCGAGUCUUCGAACGACGACUGCGAGGCUUUGAAGGCCGACGACGGAGGCUGCGAGGCUUCGAUCCCUUUCUGGGGUUUCAAACGAAGGGAGGGUAAGAAUCACCCAAUUAAUCAGUAA